AUGUUGCUAGGACCAAAUUUAUCCUGGAUACAAAACCAUUCCUUACCAACGUCUAAAACUACCAUAUUUGAUUUUUUUACUGGGCGUUACCCUGCACCACAAUCAUGUACAGUAGAAUGGAACUGGGAAGAACCAAUCGUGGUAGGAAAAACAGUUUCCUUCAACAUUAAGUUUUUCCAGAAGAAUGGAAAAGAAUAUCCGGUGUCAACUUGUGAUAAUGUACUGGUGGAGAUCAUGCAUCAAGGAAUUAAAGUCGGACAUAAUAUGGAGUUUGGAUUUAAGGAGCCAGAUUUGUCCAAUAUGGCUAAAGUCAGUUUUACUGUUCAUAAAUCUGGAACAUACACCAUCUCAGUCAUGAUUGGAGCUAGACAUAUUAAAGGAAGUCCUUUUAAUAAGGUUUUUGAACCAGGACCGAUAGAUGCUGGUAAAACAGGGUUUAUGAAUUAUAGUUCUACUGUAGUUUGUACAGCUGGCACAUCACAUCCCCUUACUAUAGAAACCAGAGAUAGUUUUGGUAAUCUAGCAACAUAUAAAACAGAUCAAAGUAACUAUUUUAAAAUCAGAGUCAGAGAGGCUGGUACCAAUAUACGCUAUAUACCGACAACUCAGAUUAUAUAUGACCCCACGGGGAAACGUUUAACUAUGCAUAUAAAAAUGGACAGACAAGGCUGUUAUCAAGCAACAGUCAGUUAUGGAGAUACAAAAUUAAAAAAUGGAGAUUUUAAUAUCUUAGUUUUAAGUCCUGAUGAAAUGGUUCAUGUUAGUAAAAAUUUAAUUAAAAAAACACACAGUAUAUAUUAUGAAGCUAGGUUGAUAUCGUAUAAUCACGAAAAGUUAGAUAAACCUAAAAAAGUUUAUGUAUAUAUUUCACCAAAGCAAUUAACACUUAAGGAAUUUUAUUUAAAGAUUAUUGGUAAAAAACUAUAUACUUUUAGAGUGUGUCCCUCCACGAAGUUUUAUUUUAAUGGUUAUAAUAACCACUAUGAAGCACCAACAUUUACAAUAGACGAUGGUUCUCAGCCUCCUAUAGUUAUAGCAGCUAAAGAUAGAAAUGUCAUAGCUGCUACCUUUACUAGUUUUCUACUCAAAAAUAUAGGCGGUUCUGAAACAUUUUUAGAUAAACAGACAUUUUUCCAUCACGAAGUUCGUCAGAUUCAUUCUCGGAAAGCUCACUCCUGUUUACCUAUUAAAAUAGACAGGUCGAAAUUAUUACUUAGUUCAUAUAAAGCAACGAAGAAUUUUGAAUUAUCUGAUUGGUGUAAAAGAUUUGAGAUAACGUUUGUUGGAGAAGAAGGUUUAGAUUGGGGUGGUGUUAGACGUGAAUGGAUGGAAUUAUUAUGUACUGAAUUAUUUGACCCUAAUGGUUGUGGGUUGUUCAGAAGAUUUGAAGAUAGUUCACAAGGCCUGGUUCACCCAAACCCUAAAAGACCAAUGAAAUUGAAAUUAAAGUAUUAUGAGUUUGCUGGGAAACUGGUAGGAAAGUGUCUAUAUGAAUCAUGUUUAGGACGAUCUUAUCGACAGCUAGUGAAAGCCAGAUUCUCUCGCUCUUUUCUAGCUCAACUAAUUGGUUUACGAGUCAACUAUAAGUAUUUUGAGUCUGAUGAUCCUGAGUUAUAUAAAACUAAAAUCAAGUUUAUAGAAGAUAAUGAUAUCAAUGAUAUGGAUUUGACGUUUAGUGAAGAUGAGUAUAUUAAUGGACAGUUAACAAAGAUUAUAGAAUAUAUACCAAAUGGAAGUCGCACAGCAGUGAAUAAUAGAAAUAAAUUACGAUAUUUAGAUGUUCUAGCCCAGUAUAGACUGGCAUCCAAUGUGAAAGAUGAACUAGAGGCGUUCCUAAAGGGAUUAAAUGAGUUAAUCCCUGAUAAUCUACUCAGUAUAUUUGAUGAAAAUGAAUUAGAGUUAUUAAUGUGUGGAACUGAUAAUUAUAGUAUAGCUGAUUUUAAAAUUCAUCACACAGUGUCAGGUACCUCUCCUCAAUUUAGCAAGAUGUUAGAUUGGUUUUGGACGAUUGUUGCUGGGUUUACAGAUGAACAAAUGGCACGAUUGUUACAGUUUAUUACUGGAUGUUCACAGCUACCAGUGGGAGGUUUCUCAGAAUUAUUACCCAAAAUACAGCUGAGUUCGACCCCCAUGUUCAAUGUUUUACCUACAGCUCAUACCUGUUUUAACCAGUUGUGUAUUCCAUUCUACGACAGUAUUGACCAGUUUCAUCAUUCCUUAUUACUGGCCAUUAACGAGGGCAGUCAGGGAUUUGGAAUGGCUUGA